AUGCGACCCCGUCCGGCUUCAGAUCUCUUCAGAUUCCUGCAAAGUUCGCGUCCGGGCUUGCUGCCGCAGAACUACCACUCUAUUCCCAGGAGUUUGUUUUCACACAGUCAAAUCUACUAUAACGUCAUCCCACAUUUCAGCGCCGUCUUGUCUCCCACGACAACCCCCACGAGGAUGUCUAGCACCCAAGCAAUUAUCGCCAGCGUCUACAGUGCUUCUGUGUCUACACCGCAGCACCUCUCGAGCUCGCCGGAGGACGUAGUUAACAAGUCCCACCAUUUGAAGAAUGGAAACGGCUUUACAAAUCCCUGGCCGAGGUAUGAGUAAAAAAGAAAAAAAAUGAAAGAAAAAAGUUUCAAGGACGAGUGGCAUUCCGAGCCCGAGCACGCCUUUCCCCCCCUCCUCCUGUUCUCCCACUCUUUCCCGAGUUGUCUGCCUGUUUGCUCCAACCUUUCUCCUAUACAGUUUUGUCAAUGUUUCCUGUCAGCACGAAACCAAAUGUACACAAAAUCCCUCCUUUCUGCAAUCCCACUUACCCUCCCCCCCUCUCUCUUGCGAAAAAAGUAGACCCAUUUGAAAUUGAGCGGCCAUGUACUGACAUCUACCAAAGUUGGAGAGAUUUAGACCCGGUCAAGGCUCUGAAAGCCGUUGCUCGGUAAUAUUUUUUCCUCUUCUUUAUCUUAAUUUGAAUGACGACCUGACCGGCUGCUUCCGCUGUUUUUCCUUCUUUCUCUGACUAGACAUCGCAUGGGUCCUGACUCCGCCGGAAUCUGGGGUCCCUCAACUGCCCCACCAACAGUUCCGGUCGUAACCCCUCAAUUCCUACCAACCCGUUCCACUCUCUCCACCGAAUUCCGUGCGACAUGGCUCGGUCAUGCUUGCUUUUAUGUCGAAUUCCCUGGUGGCUUCCGUGUCCUAUUUGAUCCAGUGUUUUCAGAGAGGUGCAGCCCUGUACAAUUUAUAGGUCCAAAGAGAUACACCAAGAUUCCAUGCGAUAUUGCCGAUAUCCCUGUUGUGGACGUUGUGGUCAUUAGUCAUAACCAUUAUGACCAUUUGGACCAUAACACGAUUUUAAAAUUGAAGAAGCACCAUCCAGCUGCAUGGUACUUCGUGCCUUUGGGUAACAAGGCUUGGUUUGUUCCCCCCUCUACAACAUGCGGCCCACCAGCGAAGAUGGCAUGUAUUUGAAGCAGGGCUUUUUCUAACAAUGCAUUGGUAUCAAUAGGUUCGCCUGUUCAGGCGUCGAGAAGUGUAUCGAAUUGGACUGGUGGGAGGAGCGAGAUAUUGUGCUCACUCCAUCCAAUUCUCAGACCUCAGCCGGGGCUUCACCCUCUAACGAUUCCAAAAAAUUGGCGCCGAGCGUGCAAGCGGGGCCCGCGGAUGAAGGUCCCAAGGCUAAUGGCAUUGUCGCGAGGAUAGGCUGUCUUCCAUGCCAACAUACCAGCAACAGGGGAUUAACUGAUCGAGGUGCAACAUUGUGGGCCAGUUGGAGCAUAGAAAGUGGUGGAAAGAAGGUUUACUUUGGAGGGUGAGUGAUGAUACCAUUCCCCAUGGUGGUGUUACCUCUCCAUUGUUUUAUUUCCUUUUUUCCCCGUGAUUUUCCUUUUUACUUGUAUCAUACCUUGUCUUUGUGUUGGUUUUUUUCUUUUCUUCUUCCCCCCCUAUGAGGGCUAGGGCUUUUGAUACCAAAAUGCCCCCACUACCCGUGCUAAACCCCUCAUAUUGGCCGUCUGGAUAUGGUGACCUCCCGUGCGAUCCCGGGGCCCCAGCCGUGGGUCGACCGACGGCCCUAACGAUCUCAGCAACGAGUUCACACUUUGGAUAUAGGAAAGUGACUUACCGGGCUGAAGCAAUAGCUCCAGAUGGACGACAGAAACCUACAGUUCGGGAAUGGCCAGUGACCUCCCGUUGGGUACUAUACGAUAUGAGGCCGUCGACCCUCCCAUGCAGAACUGUCCGUCGGGUUGGAGCAUGGCCUCUUCUGGUGCCGUGGAAUUUCCUACAGUUCUUGCGGAGGCCACAGCUUCCCCCACCCUGAACUCUCCAUUGAUCACUUAUUAUUCCAGUGAAAGGGGAUUUAUCCAUCGAACCUUAUCACAACUCCCUAGGCUACUGUUGCCCAUUCCUUUUAACCCAACUCGUGUUACGGUCGUAAAGGCCGAGUUAUUUUUUUUUCCUUGAUUUCAAAGCUGACCCGGUGUUUUUUCUUUUUCCCUUUUCCCUUUGGCUGACCGGAAAUGAUACACAGCGACACCGGGUACCGUGCUGUCCCUCCGGACCUUCCGAAAUCUGUUGAUGACUACGGCGAAGAGUUCAGAGACUUGCCAGUAUGUCCGGCUUUCAAACAGAUUGGGGAGCUGAGAGGACCGUAUGUGCUUACCAUUCGGCGGUGACAUUUCUGGUUUUCAUGGAUUCCCCGAACUGAUCACCGUAUCUUGACUACCGGUAGGUUCGACGUCGGGCUGAUACCCAUUGGUGCCUACGUGCCAAGAUGGUAUGUUUCUUCUCAGAAUGCUUUUUUUUUCCAUUUUCAUCUCAACCGAAGGUUUUCCUUUUGCUCCCGCCCUGCUUUUCUUUUAUCCCCUUUGCAUGGGAUACGGUAUCCUAGAUGCGGCACCCAGUUUAACGCAUGAGAUUCUGUCUGCCACCUGUGUGACAUUGGAGUGCCUGUCAGGUAUGAUUAUGUACAAGUACUCCAAGGUAGACGCAGUGCGUACUUCAGCACAGGAUAUACCCAGCGCUACGGCUCGGUCGGGAAUCUUCCAGAAAUCGCUCGUUUCUUGUUUGGGUGAAAAGGAGGUCACAAUGUCCGGCGUAAUUCUUGCUUUUUCCCCACUUUUUCUGGCUUUUACGAAGCAGAUGAUCUUUUGGCUCAGGUGAGAUUUUGAACUCAAUUAACUUUGGACCGUGUUUAGGGUCAUGAGCCCCAUGCAUGCAAAUCCAUACGACGCCGUGCGAAUUUUUGUGGAUACGAAGUGCAAAAAGGCGCUCGGAAUUCACUGGGGUGAGUCACCUGGAUAUAAUUCCUUCUCAUUUCGUUUUCAUCUCCACCCGGGGUUUUUUUUUUCGCCAUCUUGGGAUCACUUUUGGGGUGAAGGCGGAGGUGGGGGGGGGGCAAACCCAAACCUCUAUCACGUAUUCUUGGUUUGUGGAAUCGCCAAAUUUAGGCGCCUCGGAUGGUUACCCCGCAUUUCAUCUCGAUGGGAUGGAAUCCAUCUUCCCAUCAUCAGCAUCAUCAUCGGGGGUGAGGGAGAAACGGUGGGGUGAUGAGGGUAGAGUUUUCCUGGCGAUCAAGGCUAAUUUUGAUUACUUUGUUUGCGGGGUGUGUGCUUUAGGGACGUUUGUAUUGACUGAUGAGCCUGUACUCGAGCCGCCGAGGUUACUGAAGGAAGCUCUCGGGAAAGAAGGGAUCGAGAAGGAAGGGGUGUUUGACGUUCUCAAUAUCGGAGAGACUAGGGAAUAUUGA